GGGGGUGGUGACAAGACUCUCUCCUCCAUCGCCUUUUGCUCUCAGCAUCAUCCCUGCAUCUGCUUUCAUCACACUAUCACUAUGGAGAGCCGGGCUAAGAAGCGCUCCUGGCGCGACACAAGGCUUUCCCACCUGCUAUGGUCGGUGACACUGCUUCCAGGCCUCGUCUCCGCUUAUCAGCCUGAGCCUGUAUACUUCGGAUCCCGACAAUCGUCGCCCUUUCUUCCUCCCCAGAUCCCGCUGGCCGAUCAUCCCUCGCUCUCCGGCACUCAUGAGUUCACACUUCGCCACAUCUUUCACCGAGGAACUUACCAGGACCCUGAGCUCCACCGGAGGCUAGAUAUCACACCCGAAACUCGCCUUCGGGCCGCUUCAGACGAUGGCGUUAAGUUCGAUACACCGCUGGUUGCCUCGUCCCGCCCACUUAUGAUCGAACGACUUGCAGAUCGGCGUCUUUCAAUAAUUGAGCAACAUCUAAUGGCUGCAAGGUCGGGAUCGGUAGCUGCGCUGUCCCCAUCCGACUGGGUCCUAGAUACACUCGCCGGGCCGAAUGUCACAGAGAAGGAGACAGUUCUCGCGUUAGCAAAAAUGACUGCAAAUGACUAUAUCGAAGAGCCGGGUACGGGUGAUUGGCAGGAUAUCCGUGAUCGAUUCAACCAUUCAGGAAGCUUUGGGUGGCAAGACGACGGGCUCCGAGGUCAUGUAUACGCCGACCAGACGAAUACUACAGUCGUUAUUUCCCUCAAAGGGACAUCUCCGGCCCUGUUUGAUGGCGAAGGCACCACUACCAAUGAUAAAAUCAACGACAAUCUCUUAUUCAGUUGCUGUUGUGGUCAGGGAGGCUCGUAUCUCUGGCGGCAAGUGUGUGACUGCCAAACCACCCUAUACAAUGCGAACCUGACCUGCAUUAUCGAGGCCGUGCAAGAAGAGAACCGAUAUUAUCGCGCUUCGAUCGAUCUAUAUACCAACAUCACCGCGUUGUAUCCAGACGCAAAUAUUUGGCUGGCUGGCCACUCUCUAGGGGGGGCUGUGGCCAGCUUACUGGGUCUGACCUUUGGAGUGCCAGCCGUUACUUUCGAGGCUGUUCCGGAGGCACUGCCCGCAUCUCGUUUGGGCCUUCCAAGUCCAGAGUCGCGUAAGUAUACCGGAUCCUACCAUUUCGGGCACACUGCGGAUCCUGUAUACAUGGGGACGUGCAACGGAGUCAGUUCCGUUUGUACAUGGGGCGGGUAUGCAAUGGAAUCUGCAUGCCAUACCGGCCAAAUGUGCGUUUAUGACACCGUCGAGGAUAAGGGUUGGCGUGUUGGACUUGAUAAACACCGUAUCAACUAUGUCAUCGCAAACGUCCUUGCUAGCUACGACGAUGUGCCUCCCUGUGCACCUGAAGAGGAAUGUUACGAUUGCGAGCUGUGGAAGUUUUUCCGCAGUAAUGGCUCUGAGAUUACUACUACUACCUCGGCCACUUCUACGUCCACCUCCACCAGCAGCACCAGCAGAACAUCAACCUGCAAGACUCCGGGAUGGUGGGGUUGUCUAGACAAGACCACAACUACGGAGCCAACCUCCACCUCAACGUCUAUAUCAACGACGUCCACAUCGACAUGCAAGACCCCAGGGUGGUUCGGUUGCAAAGACCCAACAACUACGUCUGAUAUCACAUUUGUGCGGCCAACAAUCACUACAACAGAACCACCCAAGACCACUAGCUCCUGCAAACAUCCCGGGUGGUUUGGCUGUCGUGACCCCACUACCACCGCUGCUCCAACUCCCCCGCCGGUAGUUGACUUCUAGUUGACAUCUAGAGU